AUGAAAGAAGAUGAAUAUACAAAAAGCCUUGACAAGAAUGAUCAAUCAGGUCUGUGCAAUAUUUCAAAAGUGAGAUAUUAGGGGAAACGUUUUACCCAAAUUUAUAAAGCUUCGUAUGGAAACGCCAUGUUGGUGUCCCUUUCAGGGACAACAAUAAUUAUGGCCGCCAGAAACCAACAGAAACAUGUGUUUUCGAGUUUUUCUACUAAUGCGUGAAUUCUUUGCUUGAGGAACUCAUAAAGAUUAAAGUGAUAUUUAUUCUGAGACAGGGAAUGUUUAGAUAGCAAAAUCCUUCAAAGUCAGUAAUGUUUUUAACCCACAUAAGAGCUUUCCUGGCCGUCAGCUAAAUGCCACGUCAUGCAAAAGCCUGAAAAUUCACUUGUCCUCUCUCGGAAAACGAAGAACCCUUUCGAACCGAAAAAUUUGUUUAUAUAAAGGUGUUUACGUACUGUAAUACCUCAUGAUAAAUUGAGUUUGCUGUUAGGAGUGGAGCUUAAUGAAAAUUCUAUCUCUACAGCUCACGGGCUUCCAAACAAUAAAUAAUCAAAAAUUGUAUUAUCGUCAAAUUUGUACACAGAGACACGAGAGAAAAAGUCUACAAAAAGAGGGCAAGUGUCAUGAGGAAGUCAAUGAAAGAUCUUCCGUCUAUUGCCAAGAAAAUUGGAAAAUCAAUUCAAAGGUGAAUAAAAUCUACAUCAAUGAAUCACUAACAAGCUACAGGAAUAGAUUGUUUGUUAAAAUCCAUGAAUUCAAAAAGUCAAACAAAUUCAAAUUCUUAUGGACAGUUAAUGGGAAGAUCAGCCUCAGAGAGAGCAAGACAUCUACGGUUUACAAAUUUACAACUCAUGAAGAAUUUGAAGAAUUUCUAGAUGGAUGAGGCAAAAAAACAUGGUAGUUGCUACUUUAACUCUAUUUAUUUAUUAUAUUUUUAUUGUUAUUAGUAUGUGUGACUGUCUACCCUUGAGUCCCUUGGACAACGGUGAAUUUCAAUCUGUGAUUGGGUGUUGGUCACUCGAUCCAAGCAAGUUAAAAACUGAUCUGUUUGACCUAAUUACCAAUCCAGAUAAAUUUGACGAGUGUUAUCCUGAUCACAUUCUUCCCCUACCAUCAUCUGACUAUUAUUCUGUAUCUGAGAUGAAUAGUACCUUUGGAAAAGCUGGAUCAAAUGCCCUUACUCUAUUCCUUUGUAACAUAAGAAGCUUGCCCAAGAACCUGUGCCUUCUUCAUGAUAUUUUAUGUUGUCUUGAUAGCAGGGCUAAUAUUAUUGCAAUUUCUGAAACAAGACUAAAUGAGAACUCAGUUUCAAACAUUGAACUCCCUCAUUACUAUUUCUUUCACCAUGACUCACCUACUGCAGCAGGUGGACUUUGUGUCUCAAAAAAUUGAAAAUCAAUCCCAAGGCCUGAUCUUCAAUUAGAUGUAGAGCUUGUCAAGUCCUGCUGGGUCAAGGUUUGGUCCCUGUAAUGGUAAAGCCCAUGUAGUUAUUGGAUGUAUAUGUAGGCACCCAUCAGCGAGUAUAGAUGACUUUACUAGGAAAUUAGAUGAACUAAUAAAAAAUCUCAAACAGAAAAAACUUAAAGUCUAUAUUUUAGGUAACAUCAACAUAGACUUUUUAAAAUGUAAUGGCCAUUCACCAACCGAGGACCAUUUGGGGUAUCGACUUUUGUUUCAAAACAACGCACGUAGGUAUGUUUUUGUGCUUCAGAUCAAUCGUAGAUGGCUUCAAAGUUUUGUAUGUGGUCCAUCACCCUUUUGAAAAUACUUUCCCAUAACCCCACCUCCUACCCCUCAGAAAUUACUGCCUUUGAAACCCCGCCCUCCACCUCAGAAUUUCCAAUGAUCUUCCGUGGAGGUGGUAUGGAUAUUUUCUGGAACCACACAAGUCCUUUCAUCAUGCAUUUUUAUUAAUUUCCGAGAGAUAAUUAAUCAACUCUUAUUUGAUUGUAAUCCAAUACAUGUAGUAUUGAUUAUUGUUUUCAUCUAUUGAACAUGCUGAGGUUAAUACAGUUGACUCUUUUAAGGGGGGGGGGAGGGUGGUUGUUUGAACUGACUGAUACUAUACUGUACAUUACACCAACUGUGAGCCCCUACAAACUGUGUGACCAUUUCCUCUUUUCAAAGUUUAGAAAUGGCAGCAUUGUGAAUGCUGUUCUCUUCUGAACCUGUAACUAUUGUUACUUACAAUAAAUUACUUUGGAAUUUGCAGCUGCCUCUUUACAUAACAUCAAGCUCUUCUGUUGACAUUUUUAAGACUAAAUACAUAUUAUUAUCCUUUUAAGAAAUCUGUUAAUGGAAUCAUUUUAUAAAUUUAUUUUAAUGACUGUCAACUUUGUGGUGAUGAUUUUUAUUAUUAUUAUUAUUAUUAUUGUUAUUAUUAUUAUUAUUAUUAUUAUUAUUAUUAUUAUUAUUAUUGUUAUUAUUCUAGCCUGUGAUGUUUUUUACAAAUAAGCAUUGCAGCUGCUGUAGAUUACAGAGUUUAGCACGGCUUCCACACAAAAUUAAGUAAGGCAUCUCGGUCAUGUUGCACCUCCAUGAUGUUUAACUGGAUAACAGAAAUAGAACUGAUGAUUAAAAAGUUCAUGAGAACCCUGGUGAAAUACUCAGGUUUCCAAAAAUGUUUUUGACAAAACUUGUCCCUGAGCAAGCAGCAUGUAAAAAUCACCUUCCCAGCAUAAUUAGCUGGUUGUCCCAUCAUUUCAAUGGUAGAUGAGUUUAAACAUUCUUAGUAUGAAAAUACCUGUAUUUUUAUUACAUUUUUCUGCAAGAGAAUUGUAAGAAUGGUCCAAAUAUUUGUAAAAAACUUUGUGUACAACACAGUCAUGACUAGUAAGCAUUUGUGUGUUAAUUUGGGUUACUGCAACUUUAAGUUUUCCUUUUUGUCAGAAAAACAAAAACAGUUGAGUGGUGAUAUAAAACUAAAUUUGAUUUUGAGACAAUUGUUAUGGCUUGGUGACUCUCCCAACUUGCGGACAUUAUAAAGCUGCAAUAUGUAAUCUCAACUCAAGAUUCUCCUAAUUGCUGGUUUAAUUUAGUCUUCCAUCAUACUACUGUAGAUUUUUAAUAUUCUUUUAUUUUUUUUUCAGCUUAACUUUGGAUUGCAAGGUGGACAAAAUGUUCUAAAGAACAUACAUGCCCAAUUAAAGGGAACUUUUUCCUUGGGCAAAACUAUAAAAGUUACCAUCCUGGCAAAUAAGUGCACCAGAGAUUCAUUAAGCUUUUUCCAUACAGAGCUGGCAAAGCAACUGGCCAAAUUUACGCAGACAGGUGUAGAAGUCAGUUUACUUGUUCCAGAAAGUGCACAGAUUUAUGAUUGGGAAAAAAGGAGACUAGAAGAAAAUGGAGUUACCAUUGUCAAAGCUAAGAAGCGACCAUGCUUUCCUGACCCCAUUGAUUGGUUGUGUUAUCCACCAGAAAAACUCAAAUCAGGCAUUGUAAUAGGAAUUGGUGCACGACUGGGUAAGAUUGCACAGUACUGGAAAGAGCGAUAUCAGUGCAAGAGUAUAUAUAUUGAUCAAGACAAUGAGUGGCCGCUCAACAUGUUUGAAGUUGUGGAAAGUUAUAAAGAUUUAGAAGAUUACAGAAAGGAACUUUCCACAGCUGCUAACAUUCCUGUUGCUAUAGGACCCAAGACAACUGAUGACCUGUCUGCUUCUCUUCGCUCAGAAGGAAUAGAAGUGUUUAAUCUCACUCCUGGAAUCAUCAGUGAAUUUAGUGACUUGAAUCAUGCCACCAGUGAUGGAAGAAACUAUCGUGUCCUACUUUUAGGUGGGGAAAAUCCUGACAAUUUUUUUAAAGAUGGGCUCAAGACGGCUGCCGAUGCAGUGGCAGAGUUAAAGAACAAUUCCUUUCAUCUUAUUUAUGUUGGUGCAGGGAAAGGAACAGAGCAGCAAUUUAAGGAUCUUUUUCAUAAGUGUGGUGUUUCUAAAAGCCAGCUUAGGAUAAGGAACCUUCCAAAAACUGAAGACGAGUGGAAAAAGCUGUUCUUAGAGGUGGAUCUUGCCAUCAUGCCAUCUGGUGAGAAGGAAUUUGGUUUGGAGGCACUUCUUGCCUUAUCUGCUGGGCUUCCUGUGCUUGUCCAUGGGGAAUCAGGAUUUGGUGAGGCUCUCAGGGAUGUCACAUUUGGAGCAUCAGCCAUUGUGGAUUCUGAUGAUGCCAGAGAGUGGGCUUCAAGAAUCAAAACCAUCAGAGAAACAGACAGGAAGACCAGACUUAAGCAAGUAGCAAUGUUGCGUUCAAACUACGAUGAGAAGUACAGCUGGGAGAAGCAGCUCACACCUUUGGUUGUAAGGAUGUUCAUGAUGGUUUCUGGUAUGAUUUUCAUUCCUUGUAAUUUUUUUACUUUGCUUUUUAAUAAUACAUGUACGUGUACUCAGCUAAAUUAUGUUUACUCGAUCUUUUUUGAAGUUUAUUAUUGUUAUUAAUAUUAGAAUAAUAAUUAUGAUAUUAGAGAGAUUUAGAGUCACGCUUACAGCAAAUGGCAAAAUAAAAAUGUUCAGAUAAUCAAGUUACGAAUUUCUGAUCAAAAUAGGAAAAAAAGACAGCUUAGAACAAUAAUUAUUCUAAUGUAUAAAAAUGGCAUGAAACUGCUAGUGCUAGUGAAACUGCUACAGUAAACAACAGAUAAAGGGAAAAGUUGGUCAUGUGGUGCAAAUUCACGUUUGCGGUAAAUGAUUUUUACAAAAGAUUUCAAAAUUAUUAAUAGUAGUGGAAUAUCUAACCUAUCAUUUAUUCUUUUAUCCUCAUAAAUUAUACUUAGUAGCAGGGCUGUCAAAAAGUUUUUAAGUAGCAGGUUGACAAUGAAUAGUAGGUGGCUUUGGAACUCACACCAAAGGCACAAGUUUUUUGAGGGCCAGGGCAUCUAGGGACAUUUUGAAAAUUAGAGUCUCAGAAAUGGCAUUGCCAGGGCUUUUCAAGAGGUAUUUUCCACCGUGGACGCCAUGUUGUUUCGUCUGAUUACACACAAGACGCAAGACUGGGAACAAUGCCGUCGAAAUGUCCCAGGCAUUCCACGAUAUUGUACGGUUCGAACGUUUCACAGAUCUAAACCUAAAUAUGCAGCGUGCAAAGAAAGUAGUGUCCGAUAGCCAAGGGCUAGUGGAUUUUGCUAUCGAGCUAGUGAAUUCUGUUUUUAACUUGCCCGACGGGCAAGUGAUGUUUUUUUUGAGGAAUUCGAUAACAGAAGAACUGGGAAAUCAAUUCUGCUAGUCAAAAAUUUUUAGGGGCUACUUGAAAUGACAUCUGGGCCAGUAAAUGCUAGCUUCAGCUUGCCCGAAUGGCAAGCUGUGAAAGUGAUUUUCUUUGCACCCUGAUAUGUGUUCAAAGUCAUUCAAAACUGGGAAAUGAAUGCUUUACAAUACAUUUAUUUGGUGGUGCUUAUUUUUUGUCAGCAGUUAAGGUAGAAGAAGAUGAAAGUAGCUGGCUAAAAAUGGCUAACUAGCCGGCGGUUUUGGCCAGCUACCGGCCCUUAUUGACAGCCCUGUAGUACUGUAGGUACUCUUAACCACCCUGUAGCUUUAGAAUUAAAAGUUUUACAAACUUAGUACAACCUGUAGCUAGGUGCUUUUGCUCCCCAAAAAGGGAUAACAGAAUUUUGAUGAUGAAGGAAACCCACGUUAAGGGUUGUUCAGCUCCGCAAAUAUCCUCCAAAUAGCAGAUGUCGCCCUUCAAGUUGUCUUCUUGCCGUUCUUGCCAUGUUUUUAGCUAUUAUUUCGCCUAGUUCUUACUCUUAAAACGAAUGAAAUGUCUGCCAUUUUUGUUUCCACAGCCAAAACAACUCAACCUUGUCCCCAGGUCCUCUCGUUUAAUGGUAUAUAAACUUGCAAAAACGUUGCAUUUUUGACGUCAUUUCCCCGCUAAACACAAAGUUCUUCCAACUUUGGUCAUCAGCAACUGGUUAUGGUGAAUUAUGCGAGUGCCUUUAACCAAUCAGAAUUGGGGAAAUAUAAUUUUGAAUGAAUAAUAAUCUGGUUUAAAUGAUUUGGUUAGCAAUUAAUUUAUGAAUGUAAAACUUUUUUACCUUGGUCUUAUGUAGAGAACACUCCUGAUGACUCUCAAACCGUAGUGAAAGAUGUGUCCAGCUUCCCUGUCAAGCAAACAGGUGGAAAAGACAUCAAACGUAGACGAAUCAGUUGCUGA